AUGGCUUCCUCCAAACCGUUAACGGCUCAACAGCCGAUGAAAACAUUUUACAUCAUCCUCUUCGCCUUAUGCAGCGUGAUUCGCGUCCCAUUUCUGCUACUCUACUACCUCCCUCGUUCUCUCCGGCCGCGCCUCACCUGGUCCUACAGAGCCGCCGUGGGAACCGCGCUUGUCAGAAUUUACUUCACCUUUAUCACCAGCAUCCGCCUCUCCACCCCGCGUUCACUUGUCCCCGGUGCCGACGAGUCGCGCUUUGAACUCCUCCAGCCCGGCCCCACCAACGUGUAUCGUGGCGUGCUACAGCAAAACCCAGCCAUCCGCCCUACAACCCUUGGUUGUAUUUGGCUCCCGCGUCUCCCCUCCCUCUCCACACUCUCCUCCUCCUCCUCCUCAUCCACCUCCUCCUCCUGGUCCUCCAGCCGCAUGAUCCUUCACUUCCACGGCGGCGCCUACGUCUGCACCUCCCCGCGCCUGCCCGUCGCGCAGUAUGGACCCAGCAUGCUAUGCUCAUCACUCUCCGCCACCGCUGUGCUACUACCCCAGUACCGUCUCGCCUCCUCCAGCGCCGCCGCCUUCCCCGCCGCGCUCCAGGACGCCGUGACGGCGUACGCGCAUCUACUAACGGUCGGUGUCCCGCCGUCACGCAUCAUCGUCAGCGGCGACUCCGCUGGCGCGCACCUAGCACUCGCCUUGAUGCGCUACCUGGCUGAGAACAACAGCAGCGGUCUGCUGCCCCUCCCCGCUGCUGUGCUGCUGCACAGUCCAUGGCUCGAUAUGCUGCUGCCGCCCACCACAACGAGCGUCGACCAGGCGACAGGUGAUUACCUCCCCUUAUCACUGUUGGAAUGGGGCGUCACGAGCGUGGUCCCUCCCGAGGAAGAUGCGGCUGGGCCGUAUUUCUCGCCGCUACGACAUCCGUUCCGGAUUGGGGUGCCGCUGUGGGUGCAGUCCGGGACGGCGGAGCUGUUCUAUGCGGAUGCGGAGAAGUUCGUAGAGAGGAUGAGGAUUGAGGAGAAGAAGGAGGAAGGAGGAGGCAGUGAGAUAGAAUUCUAUCGAUUUCCGGAUGGGAUGCACAAUACUUUUGCGGCGGCGGGCGUCAUGGGGUUAGAGGCCGAGGCGAAAAGUGCACUGGAGGGGGCGAGGAAGUUUGUCAAAACUUGGUGUCCGUCUUGGAGGUAG